AACAUGGUUACGCCGCAUGGAACACCCAAUGAGGAGGGUCUUUUUCCUUUGCCGGACCGUGAGGAGAUCGCCGCGGCCGUCGCCGAAGAGGCACAGCGCGAUGCCACUGCUAAAAGCGAGGUUUUGCAAGACAGGGUGCUUAAGCAUCUUACUACAGAUUCCCAACCAACGUCUGCUGCAUCAGCGGGGGAAGGAGAAGCGAGUGCAAACAUCAGCGAAAUGGACGCACAAGUGAAACCUUCGGGGCAAAUGGCGAGGGGAGCGACCACGCAGCUCUUGCAACCUACUCCAGCACCCAAAAAACCGUCGAAAAAUGAACGCAGCGCGCCGAAAAAACCACGCCCUCUACCAUUCUUCACACUCUUGCAGAGGCAGGGCGUCAAGCAGGUUUCUUGUGGACCACAGUUUUUCGGAAUCCUCACUGUAUGCUUUGGUUUUCAUAAAACUUCUGCUAUCUUCAUCGCGUUGACUUAUUCCUACUUGUAGAUGGGAUAUCAUUACAUUCCUAUUCAAUUUCGAAUUCAAGCACCCUCAUUUUUCUUUUCAACAAUGUUUAUAUUAUAACGUAGCUCCUUACCCUCUUCCCCCACAAGAUGAAAAAAUCGAUUACUAGUAUGAAUAGGAACACCGAACGACGCUGCUCGUCCUUAGAAGACUAGUCUAGUUCAUUUCGUCUCGGCGGCGCGGUCGGGCUAUACGGCUGGUGUCAGUCCUUUGUGGUUGGACACGUAGCUGAGUUCCUCCACCUGAAACUGCCUAAUGCGGCGCUUUACCUUGCUUGCGGAAGCGACCAUACUUUGGUUCUGUGUCAAGACGGAUUCCUUUACGGUCAUGGGGAUCCUGUCCUCUGCGGACUAGGACGUCAAAACCCGCUCGCAGACGACGUGCCAGCCCGUGCGCCCACAAUUAAGGCUCACUCACCUUCACCCUUAUACAUGUUACUUCGUGUCUACUACUACUUACUUAUGAAUAUGGCCGGCGCACAGUCGUCUUAUCGGGUUCUUCUGUCCGUUACAAGUACUAUAAGACUUAUAUGAAGUCGCAGAUGCAGCUGAGAUGAAGAAUGUUAUAAUAAUGUGUACGAAUUUCGAAUAUCAUGUGCUCUCAGCAGGAGUCAAUCUUAGAGGUAUCUAUAGAUACGAAUUUUUAGCAGCUCUAAGAACUUAAGAUCCCGAAGCGAAGGAGGGAGAAUGGCCACCACUUCGACCCUGUCUUGGGAAAGCGAACCUGGCGCACAGGAGCUGAUGCUUUUCGAUGCUGCCUUGGCUGACGACCCAUCGACUGUAUUCCGUUGUGGGCCGCGUUCUUAUCGUGGAAAGCGUAAAUUACUCGAAACCGAUGGCCAUCCGAAUCGUCAGCACGGCUCCUCCACAUCAGAAGACAAUCCUUCCCCUGUUGGCGGUGAUAGUAAUUUAAGGGUCCUCUGCACCUCUGCAGCUAGAGAUUUGAUUCACCUCUCGUCGUAUAAUCCCUGAAGACGAGCAUUGACUUUCAACUGACUUGUGUUAAUCAACUGGAAACGAGAUCGAGACGCAUGCUAAAAAAGAUGGCAUGAACUAUGUGUGUCUCUAUCUUCUUACUACAGAAUAUGAAGAUUGAUUCUUGAUUGGCUUCUUCCUUUUUAUAAGGAAGGGGCUUAAGAGGUCCAGCGACGCUUAAAGCACUAAAGUAAAGCAACCGGCCAGUUUUCACCCCUAUCCCUAGGCUUAUCUUCCCUUCAAACAACUUCUUACAGAAUAUAUAGUUAAUAACCUAUUUAAUUAAUCUGACUAAUUUUGUCUAAUAACGACGGAUCGGUCGCCGGCGGUCGGCCUGAGCACCAGAAACCGUACUGGUGGUCUGGUUCUUCCUGGGCUAGAACGUGACAGUCUGUACUACCACCCGUACAUUAGUUCUGUGCAGGUGCGCAACCAAUACUCCGUUUGCGCGACAGCCGAGGGCCGUCUAUACCACUGGGGUAUUGUGCCGUUUCUCUGCAAAGCGUUCGAAGUGCCCACACUUAUGACUCUUUUUUGAGCUGAUUUCCACCUGCUUGUCUAUAGCGCAUCUCUCUUAGGAAUAGGAAUCAAUUCUUUUGCUUUUCACGAAGGAUGUUAGGGGUGUCUAAGUCUCUCUUUCAGUGCUGAUUCCUGUUAAGUUGUUACUUUCCAAAACAAACGUAACCGCACCGCUUCGCUAUUCCAUUCUUUGCGUGAGAUUUAUCCUGUAGACCAUCUAUGACGCCCUUAAGGCAGUCUGCACUGAACUUUGUGCGAGAUUAGUUGGGUUUUAUUGUAUUGUAUUGCAUUCAUCACAAGAAGAGGAAACGCAUCAUCGCCAUCAAGGGGAAGAAAGUGCGUUCUUUUUAUGCUUCACAAGUUUGAAGAUGAGGAUCGAUAGACUUCAUUGACACCACUGGGAUACUAGAGUAAUACAUACUAGUUUCUUUCAAUGCGACCAGUUCUAAGACAGCCUUCCAGGCCGCCGGGUUUUUUCGCAGUUCCGCGUCCUCCAGCUCACUACCAGGGAAUGCGCGUGUCUCCUCAAUCGCUUGCACAGCGUGCGCGACCCUGGUGCUCGAUGAGAAUGGCUUUGUGUAUGCCUUCGGCGAUGGUUCGUACGGGGAAAAUGCUUCUGGUGCGGUCGCUGGCGGCACGUCAAGUUUGUGCUUCGGUGAGCCGCUACAGGUCGGCGAACCCAUUGUAGAAAUCAGCGGCGGGGAAAGGCACACACUCUGUUUAAGCUUGCUUUCUUAGAGCGCAUCAGCUCUAUGCAUAUCACGACAUCAUGGUUAGCAAAUUGCAACUUCCUUAGACUUUCGCUAGAAUUGUAAACAUUGCCACGUCGUUCUUUUAGUGUACAUAACUAAGUACUAGGAUUUUUAUGGUUCUGUUGAGUCUGAUCAUCCUACGACUCGACUCAGAAGGGGUAGAAAGCUUCUAACGCCUCUCGGAAUAAGUGGGACUGUUUGGGCUUUCGGUGAUGAUACCUAUGGCCAGUGCGGCUGCGGGUUGCAAUCGCGUUCCCGGAAUGGUCUGCUGGGCGAGCGUGUCCUCUUGCCGCGUCCUGUACUACAACCGGGCACCUUUCACCAGGAUGGCUUGCUGAUGGCCAAAAAAGCGACGGGUAAUCCAGAGCGACGCUCGGCGUCCUUGGACCAAGGCGAGGUUAUGCUUGGUUGAAAACGGAAAGUAAUGCCCCCGUUGUUACAACAACGUUUACUUGUAGCAGUCGUGUAAAAAACAUAUUGGAUUCUCAUUUUUGUAGUUAGGCUCCUCCUUUUGUUUCGUCUAGUUACGCUGGCUCCAUCACUAGCAUUGAAAUCAUGUCUUGCUGAAGUCUGUUUCUUCCUCCUUCCUAGUAUAUAUGCUAUAAUGAGGUGGGUCUCGUCUGAUAAUAUAUUCUAAUGCACGAAUAGAGCAAGCGGACGAGUGUUUUCGCGUAAGUGCUGGGCGUUAUCACAGCUGCGUCGCAACUGAGAAGGGCAACGUUUACGCCUGGGGAGUACUGCGUUACACACCCUUCCAACCAGACCCGUUGGAGAAAAAAGUAGAAGAUGCGGAGGCAGAAGUGGAGUCCUUGAUCAAAUCCGCUAUGAACCGGCCGCGUCUCUGCUACCAUCUCUUACCUCGGUUCACGCAAUACGUAGAAUGUGGGCCCAACUACACUGUUGCGAUAUACGGUCAAGAAAACGACGCGCCGGACCGCUCAGGGAGCUACUAUUAGGCGGUGCAUAUGCAACAAGAUACUUAUCUGAAAAUAACAUGAGAUAGAGAUCAACUACAUCGUUCAUUAUAUGGUAGCUUUCUGUUCUUACUUUCUCUGAAGGAGAUCUUUGCCUCUGCGUCUGUUGCCGAGAAGUAGCUGGAGCAUCCUAUUCUGUAUCUUAUCCUAAUGCGAUGCUAGCCUAUAAUGCGUCUAGUACUUAAGAUUUUCUGUGUAUUUCUUCAUAAAGAUUGAGUCAUUUCUAUUUCUAAUCUCUCGACGAAGAUAGUUCGGAAGAUGAAAGCAGCUCCGAUGGAUCGUGGCGAAAUUCCUCCGCCAGCACGUCAUCGCGAGACUCGGACGUCCUUGCCUGAGGAUCCAGAUCGUAACGUAGGAUUGUUAUUCGAGAUUUUUCGUCGUAUAAUUCUAGUUUAAUUUUUCUAAUUGUACUAGGAAUCCAUAAAAGAUGUAACGCUUCUUAUAUAUAUAUAUAUUUUAUUUAAUCUUCCAUCUUCUACUAUGUAUGAAUAUAUUGUACAAUUAUAUCGUUCCGACUGAAGAAAGACAAACAAGGUUUCUUUUCGUUUUGAAGCGCGAUCAUGCAGAUUUAUCAAACAGAAUUUACGAGUGUUUCGAUAAGAUAGUCAGAAGUUCUUCGAAGUACGCUAGUAGACGAGGCAAAACAACAAGAUUCCUAUGUUGUUCUAUGGUCUACAAACUUAUCAACAUCAGAGUUCCAGUUUUCAAC